GCCAAAACAUUUCUACUCUUUUAGAUUAUAACUUGUAUUCACUCAGCAAAUAGCCACAUAUGUUAGCUUGCGAUGGCUUCUUUUGUUGCAUCACUUUUGAUAAUUUGUGUUUCUGCACCCUUGAAUGUUGAAGCAAUACAUAAGCUCAUACAUGUUACUGCAUACAAAUAUCACUAUGUUCCAAACCCUGUCUGAAAUGCUUUUACCUCCCUUAAAAUUGAGAACUUCAAUAUAAAAUCUGGUUUCUCUAAAUGCCUUAGGUGUAGUAUCAUGUGUGUUUCUCAAAAUUGUAGCCAACAGAGUUUACGGUAAUAUUAUGAUUUGUGAACAACAGUUAUGUUUUAAGCAUCAUUUAUCUACCCUUUUUUUAAGAUCAGUGGUUUAGUUCAACUAAUAAAAUUGUUUGCUUUCAAAGUCUGCAAAGUUGCUCCGAUUGAGACUUUGGUGUGGCAAUACAUAACACUCACAAGAAGGAUUCUCUUAAUUGACUUCCCCGGAGUUAGGGACAAGAAUGAUGAUUCUGAAACAGAUAUUGUUCUGUAAGGCAUAGUAUGAAUGUUUCGUGAAAAUGGAAAUGUUUCAUUGCCCAUUGGGUUUUGCUUGUUUAUUCACUAUUUCGUUAUGUCAUGUGUACUUGAAUGUCAAUUACCUUUUUCCCUUUUCCAGGUAUGUGUCACAAAUAUGGAGGAUGCUUUUGAACAUUUUGAAGUUGUUCUGAAGCAUGUAAAAGAAAGAACAAUGGGUAAGAGCAUACAAGAUAAAGGACUGAUCAAUUGCUUCUGCUAAGUACUAUGCCUAGAUUUCUAGUUGCAGAAGCGGCGCCAGUGGUUCUACGCUUGAAUUUCUCGUUGCUGCUGGAAAAUAUAUAAUAGAUCCAAAUCAAGCUCCAAGAAAGCAAGUAAAACCAGUUGGUGCUCCUCACAUGAUUCUAAAGUUCAGAUUUUUACUCCACGAUGAUGUGCAAGAUGGAGUGCUUAGGCAGCCUAGUUUGAAUUUGCAAGCAAGGAAGGAACCUAAAGCCUCAUCGAUGGAAAUUUCCAUUUUCUGCUCUUGCCAUUUCCUCGUUAUAGAUUGUUGGAUACCUACAUCAACUGAAAAGAUGGGAACAUCUUUAUUUCUUGACUUAGAGUAGAAGUGUUGUAUUAGUCAAUUGAUGCUAAAUAGUACCCACUCUCUUUUCAAUUU